CACACACAUACCCAGACAGAUAUACACAUACAUGUGAGUUCGUGUGUGUGUAAUGGAAUAUUAUGAUUGAACGAUACAUUUUUGCAGAAAUGUCAUUGCUAUAGUAAUGCAAACACUAUUUAUCAGUCUGCGAAUACAUGUUCUAAACUUUCACUAGAAAAUAAAUCAGUGCUGUUUCCUUUCUGCUCAUAGACUGAAUUUCGCAAGCACUCCCUCCCAUCUCGACACUCUGAGGUUCUGUCCGCUGCCGGUCUAACUAAAGCUCGGCGAACUCAAGAUAAAGUUGCAUAUUUAGAUUUUCCAUUACUUUCUUACCGAAGCAAAGAUGAAAGUGAAACUCAUAGGGACUCUUCCGUGGCUGAUGAUAGUACUUGCUUUGGCAGCUAACGAAACUAAUGGUAUUGAAAGGCGCCGGAGUCCUAGAGUGGUCGUCCGUCCUGGCCCCAUCCUGCACCAGCCUCCUCACUCUCCUCCUCGAAUUUCAACGAGAAUUAUUGGUGGAGUAAACGCUCAAUACGGCACCGUAGCAGCUCUUAAUAGCCCUGCUCCGGAUAGUUUGGGAGUCCGAGCCGCCCCGAUCAUUAGAGCCGGGUCCCGAGUAUCUAAGCGGCGCUGUCUGAUUUACAAUGAGUUCAAUUUGUGCGUCAGGUACGUAUAGUACCGCAAAGACCUUGAUUCUGAUGAUUAUGAAAUGUUUAUAUGGAAACAUUCUCAGCAGACGAUACAACCUAGUCUACAUGGUUACUGUGGUUAUAUGAAAAGAAGAUAUACUUUAAAUAUUAAUGAAAAGUCCAGUACUUCUUCUAUAACUUGAUGAUGAGGUAAAAGGAUUAUGAUCUCGGUCUUUGCUUGAUUGUUCAAAAACUGUUGACACUGCGAAAGAUAAAUCUGUUUCACACUGAUCAAAAGUGAAGUUUUGAAUUCGUGAAAUAUUUGUAGUACAUAUUGCUUCUAGAAAGGGUGUAUCAUACAUUUUGACAUAGUGGUUAUGUGGACAAUCCCAGUGUCUUGUGUUGAACUUAGUAGACAUCUAGAGGUAAAUUAAUGUAAAUUGUAUGUUACAGCUAUUUGUUGGAACUGCAAACUGGAAUUCAAAAGUUAAAAACACCUAGUCAUAUUUUUAAGAAAAUCAGAUCAAAUAUAUACACAUACAAGUAUUUUUAAUGUGUGCCUCUGUCGGUAUCUCAUCUGUUGUACACAUGUGUUAUGUUUGUGAUAAUAAAACGAAAAUUCGAA